AGAAGAAGAAUCUAAACCUGAAGAGCCGUUCUUCCCACAACGGCAGGAUUUGUUUUGCUUUAUUACGCAUGGCAUGUGCUGUAGGUAGAUGAUUCUUUUCAAUUUGUAAGCAACAAUUAUUUUGUCACAAUGUCAAAAAGCAAUUUUAUUUCGUCGAGAAAUUUAUACAUUAUUUUGUGUAGAACAGCAUCUACAGCGCAACCUUUACCUGUUCCUGUGAUCAAGGUCCCAAAAUAUGUCGAACAAUAUGUAGAAAAAGCCAAGAAAAAGGAAUUUUUUAAAAAAUUAAACCGCGAAAAUAGGAGUAAAAUUGCGUAUAGAGGAGAUACCAGUGUUCCUGUUAUUUCGAGUACCAUAGGUGAUUAUAAUUAUUAUUUAGGACAGAUUUAUAACGAACGUCAUCCAAUCCCAUUACAAUCAAAAUAUUGGUUUAAAGCUAAAUCUGCUGGACAAAAAUUUAGAAUAAAUCCUUAUGAUACUAAUCCUUUAUUGGCCUUGCCAGAUCCAAAUGAGUAUGUUGAUGAUGUUUAUUUUCCGAACAAAUUUUCCAAGAUGCAAUUAAAUCCAGAUAUAGUUAAUGCUUUGAGCACUGAUUUCAAUUUUACUACACCUACAAGAAUACAGAGUUUAGUUAUUCCAAGAAUUCUAACUGAGCGACAUAUUUUAAUUGCAUCUGAAACUGGAGCAGGAAAAACAAUUUCUUAUUUAGCUCCUAUCAUACAUCAGCUGGCUGAACUUAAAAAAACAGUCGAACCAUUGCCUGAUGCACCCCUAUCCCUCAUAGUUGUACCUGGUAGAGAACUGGCUGAACAAAUUGGUGAAGUUGCUCACAAGCUUGGUAGUGCCUGCAAUGUAGAUGCAAGAGUUUUGAUUUCUGAAGGCACAAAACAAAAGCAUUUAACUCUGUAUCCAAAUGCCAGAGUAGAUCUUCUUGUUGCAUCAGUAGGCUGCUUGAAUAAAUUGCUUAGUAAAAGGAAAAUCUUUCUUUCAAAUGUGAAACAUGUAGUGCUUGAUGAAGCAGAUACUCUGUUAGAUGCAAGUUUUACAGAUGAAACCAGUUAUCUUUUUCAGAAAUUAAUGGUGAAAUCAUCAGAUUUCAACAGAUUUGGUGCACAGCUUAUCUUGUCUAGCUCUGUCUAUCCAACAGGCAUUGAUUUAAUAUUUAAUUAUGAACUUAGAAAGGAAGAUAUUAUAAAAGUUUGCUCUCCCUAUCUCCAUCGAGUUCCUCCUCACAUAGAGCAAAGGUUUUGGAGAGUCAGUAAUGAUAAUAGGGCUGGAGAACUUCUUGAGUUGAUUAAACCAGAUUAUCAAAAGAAGAGACCGGUAAUGAUUUUCUGUAAUAAAUCACCAACAUGUGAUUGGUUAUCCAAAUUUCUUGAAGAGAAUGAUAUACCAAAUGGCAAAUAUCAUGGUGGUGUUAACCCAGUGUAUAGAACUGACCUGUUUGGAUCGUUUCAAAGAGGAUCAUUUGAUGUUCUAGUUUGUACAGAUCUGGCUUCAAGAGGACUUGAUACACAAAGAGUUAAGCAUGUUGUAAAUUUUGACUUUCCAAAUAAUGUAUCUGACUAUCUAUUAAGAGUUGGUAGGGUUGGACGUGUUGGCAGCAAUCAUGGACGAGUAACAAGUUUAGUACAUUCUGCAUCUGGAGUAUACACUGUAAAUACCAUUGAAACAGCUGUUAAGAAAGCUGAACGUAUAUCCAAUGUUGAUUCAAACAUCAAAGAAAAAAUCCGACAAUUGUAUUUUACACAUUAAACUCUUCUAAAUUAAAUAGAUUUAAAUGGUAUAAUUAUUUUAUUUAAUUGUCCAAUGCAUGCUUAUUCUUGAUAAAGAAAGAAAUAUUUUAUAAGACUUGCAAUAACUCUUUAUUUUAUUGCAUAUGUUUGUUUC